UUAGCUUCACUUGUGAACAACUGCAAUGGCCAAUUUCAGAGGAAAUGUGCCGUUAGCUACAAUCACCAUCACAAUCUUGGCUUUUGCCGCGCUCUUAUACACUGAGAGACUAGGCUCUUUAUCUUCAACAGCCAAGUUGAGGUUCAAGCCAUGCGCUAGAAGUAAUGCUGUUGAGAGAUUAGUUGAUGUGAAUGGCUUCAGUUACGCAGAUGAUGAAUUGUUCGAUUUUGAUCCUGAUCAAUGCAGCCUGAAUCAUGGGAAAUGGGUGUUUAAUCGCUCCAUUGAGCCCCUAUAUUCGGAUAGAACUUGUCGAUUCUUAGACAGGCAGGUUUCGUGUGUGAAAAAUGGUAGGCCAGAUUCGGAUUAUAGGUACUGGGAGUGGCAACCGGACAACUGCAGGCUGCCGAGGUUUGAUCCAAGAAUGGUUCUGAGGAAACUUAAAGGGAAGAGGCUAAUGUUUGUUGGGGACUCACUUCAAAGAGGGCAAUGGCAGUCCUUUGUUUGCCUUGUUGAUUCAGUGAUACCGAAAGGAAAGAAGUCGAUGAAACGAGGCCGUUUGCAUUCUGUUUUCAGAGCAAAGGAAUACGAUGUGACAGUGGAGUUCUAUUGGGCACCUUUCCUGGUAGAAUCCAACACAGAUGUUCAUAUAAAAGCAGAUCCAAAACAGAGAAUAGUGAAGGUGGACUCAGUUGAAAAGCAUGCCAAACACUGGUUGGGUGUUGACAUCCUCAUCUUCAACACUUAUGUUUGGUGGAUGAGUGGCCUCAAAACUAAGAUAUUAUGGGGUUCGUUUGCAAACGGAGAAGAAGGCUACGAAGAGGUGGAGACACACAUUUCGUACACGCUAGGGCUCAGAACAUGGGCAAAUUGGGUGGAUUCAAACGUUGAUCCCUCCAAAACACGAGUGUUCUUCACUACCAUGUCGCCUUCACACCAUAGGCCAGCAGACUGGGGGAAUGAAAACGGCACAAAAUGCUUCGAUGAGAGGCUGCCGGUGCUGAAGAAAGGGCACUGGGGAAGUGGGUCAGACAAGACGAUGAUGGGCGUGGUGGGCAGCGUCAUGGCAAGGAUGAAGGUGCCGGUCACACUGAUCAACAUAACGCAACUAUCGGAAUAUAGAAUUGAUGCUCACACCUCAGUUUAUACUGAGUUGGGUGGAAAAGUGUUGACGGGAGAACAAAAGGCCGAUCCCUUGCAUUAUGCUGAUUGUAUACACUGGUGCUUGCCUGGACUUCCCGAUACUUGGAAUCAAAUAUUCUACACAAAUUUGAUGUUACAUCUGCUCCAUAAAUUCAAUGAUUUUGGAAAUUCGACUGAUUCGGGUUUGCAUUUCUUCGAAACCCAACUGUUCACGGAAUCACAAGCUAAUUUAUUUGACUUUCCUUCAUAUUUUGAUAGUACGUGUGUCUCUCACCCCUAGAUAGUCUUGCCUCACAUUUCUUCUUAGUAA